AUGCCAUCUCCACUACCCUCUGACCAUCUAGAACGAGUCUACGCUGGCGUCGUAGGCAACGUCAUCGGUGUAUACCUCGGAAGACCAUUCGAAGGCUGGCCACGCGAAGCUAUCCUCAGCGAACUGGGACAUGUGCGAUACUACGUCCACGAGAAAUGCGGGGCUAGGCUGAUUGUUGUGGAUGAUGAUAUCUCUGCCACUUUCAUGGUUCCUCGUGCGGCAUUUGACGAACACGGCCAUCGUUCAGACCUGACAUCCGACGAAAUUGGAAGCACUUUACUCAACAAUGCCGUCGAAAAUGGGACUACUUACUGGUGGGGUGGGCGAGGACUGUCAACUGAGCAUACAGCCAUGCUCAAUCUUCUUGGCGGCAUAUCUGGAGAGCAUAGCGGGUCAGUUGAGACGAACGGUGCAAUCGUAGCAGAACAGCUUGGUGCACAGAUCUUUAUCGAUGGGUGGGCACUUGCAACUCCUGCCCAACCGGACGUCACAGCACGACUAGCUACCGCCGCUGCAAAAGUCACCCAUGGUGGAGAAUGUAUCUAUGCUGCAGUUGCUUGGGCUGUCAUGGAGUCCGAAGCAUUUCGGUCAAACGACGUGAAGCACCUUUUCAGCACGGCGCUCAAGUAUAUCCCCAGCUCAUCUGCGAUCGCGCGCGUAUACACAGAGAUCCCUGAGUGGGCAGAUAUCGACAAAGACUGGGAGAAGACCCGUCAGAGGAUCGAGGACAAGUAUUACGGCCUCGGAUUCGGUCAUAUCCUUCCAAAUCAUGCGAUCAAAGUUUUGGCCCUCGUGUACGGCGGCCAAUCGUUCCAUGAAGCUCUUUACAUUACCGUCACAAGCGGAAUGGACACCGAUUCCAAUGGAGGAAACAUCGGCUGCCUCUUGGGAAUCAUGCACGGUCUCGCCGGUAUUGAUCAGGGUGGACCGAACUGGCGUGGACCCGUCAGCGAUCGAUGUUUCGUAUCCAGCGCAGACCCUGGCUACGCUGUCAAUGACAUGGCAUCUAUUGCUUACGAUUUCGUGAACAUGGGCCGUAAACUCGUCGGCGAACCAUCGAUAGUUCCGAAGGAAGGAGCUAAAUUCCACUUCACCUUGCCGGGCAGCGUGCAAGGCUUCCAACAACCCAAAGACCCGUUCUUGGCGAACAUUGAGCAAGCCAUGGAUGACGGCGAAACUCCACACCUCGCCAUUCGCCUUCGAGGCCUGUGCCUUGGUGUCGAGUCGCCAGAGACCUUGACCACUGUAUCCCUUGAACCCGAACUCAGCGGCAAACAGCAUUACAGCAUCUUUGCAUCCCCGACGCUGUCUCCUGGACAGACGGUCAAAGCUUAUGUGAAGUCAUGCCCGAAAACGACCGCGGCAGUCACGGUGCAACUCAUCUUGAAAAGGAUCGAAAAGUAUAUUUCAUUGACCACCGAACACGGACCUGCCCUUGUACUACAGCCGGGCAAUCGUCAAGUCAUCGAAUGGACGAUCCCUGAUGACUACGAUGGCCAACCGAUCCAGCAAAUUGGUCUAGGUCUGUCCGUUCCUGCAUCCGAGGGAGGUCGCGCAGAUGGUACGAUUUGGCUGGAGAGCCUGGAUUGGAGCGGUACUCCAAGCACGACGCUUGUCAGACCCAGCGACAACAUCAUUUCGCUUCCAACACUGGCUUCCUUGACCGCCGCGAUGUGGAGGCUCACGUGGCUCAACAACGUAUCGAGCUGGAUCGAAUACAUGCCUCAAUCAUUCUUCCUUACGCAGCGAUUCGGAGAGGGUAGUCUGAUUUAUGGGUCGCGAGAGUGGCAUGAUUACAGUGUCACUGCUAACGAACUCACCAUCAACAUGUCUAGGACGGGAAGUGGACUUGCUGUCCGGGUUCGAGGUCUCAAUCGCUGGUAUGCACUGUUGUUCCAGCCAAAGGGCAAGAUUGCUCUGGUCAAAGCUGCGGAUCGGAGGAGAGAUGUCCUUGCCAGCAAGACUUUCAAGUGGAGCACGCAUACCGCCUACCAGGUGGAGGUCUCUGUUCAGGGUGCUCGUUUGAAGGGCUACGUCAACAAUGAGCUCUUGUUGGAGGCUCAGGAUGACACUUACAAAUCAGGUGCAAUCGGGAUGAUUGUCAGCGAGGGCAGUAUGUCCGUCGACAAGAUCCAGGUUGGGAAGGCAGAAAAGUGA